AUGGAUUUAUUGAAAACUCCGUCUAUACCCUCGUUACUAGAUUCCGAUAUAGAAUCAGUGGGCAGUUUCAGAUAUGAUGAUUUUGAAGAGUUAGACGAGGUAGAAUACGCCCUUCCAGUCAGCGAAGCACCUACCUUAGAAGAAGUAUUAACAUCUGAUCUAGAUGAGCAUAUUGAACUAGAGGUAGCUGAAGAAGUGGUAGAAAAGGAUACUGCAGAACCAACUUGUUCGUCACUGCAAGUGGAAUUAUUACAUGCUGUAUCUCAGCAGGUUCUUCAAGCAGAAGAAAGAUCAUCCGCUGGGUCAGCAACUGCUCUAAGUGUAGGCAUCAAUGGAAGACUAACAGUUGGGACAGCACAUGGCCAUUUAUUAUCCUUCCAUGAUCAGACUUUACGAUGGGUUUGCAAUGGUCAUGGAGAAUGUGGUGCUGUUACUUGCUUGGCAUACAAUAAAGACAGUACAAGACUUUUGGUAGGCUAUGGCAGAGGUGAUGUAUAUCAAUAUGAGAGUAUACGUGGAGCUGUAUUACGUAAAAUAACUCUUGGUGGUGAUACAUGGGGAACCUUAAGAGUAACAUGGGCAGGGACUGCUGGUUUGGCUUUAGAUACCGGUGGAUCAGUGUGGCUCAUUCGAUUUAUUAGGCCAUUAGGAGUUCGAACUGUUAAAAUAUCUUGCCUUUUUUCUGGAGCAAGAGGAGAAGUCAUUGCCAUGUCAGCAAGAUGUCCUAAAUUUUUGGCACUUGUCACACUUACUCGACUCAUCGUAGUUGCUGGUGGGCAAGCGGCUGGCUUACGUUUAGGAGGGCAUCCUGACACUAUGCCUGUUAUCGAAUGGUAUGAUCCUAAUAGCAGAUUAUUAGUAUGUGCAAGGGGCCAUGCCCUACAAUGGCUUAAUGUAACAUAUAUAAACAACAAGCUAGGUGUGAAACCAUUGAAACGUAUCGACUUACAAAGUGUUCCACUUUGGCUGGGAUGGCUUGGUGGCAGUAUAACUAUAUUUGAUACUGAUGAAAAUCUCCGAAUUUUGAAUGAUGACGUAAGCAAACCUUUGGAUUUGUCUAGCAUUGAACCUGUUUAUGCAUCAGCUUUUUUUAAGGGGUAUUGGACGGACGGUCGUGUGUCUCAAGCAAUGUGUAAAGCCGGUGAAACCGCGCUUGCCGGAAUCUGUAUCAGCGAAGGUACUCUAUCGAUUCUCGGACGCAAAGGCAUCACACGAAUCAGUCUUCGCGAUACACUGACCAGAGCUCGAGCGUUUAUAUCCUCUGGACAAUAUUAUCAAGCGUUGAAGUUACUUAGCUCCUCGCAGGGUCCGAAAGCGAAGGAGUUAGCCAGCGAAUUUGUUGUUACCCUCUCUGACCGGCCGCACAUUCUCAGCAAUAAGAAUGUCGCCGUGCAAAUUGUAAAAGUGUGCUUGAAAUUGGGGCUGACCGAUGAAUUAUGGAAUUGUCUUUGGGAGAAAAGUUCGCGGGAGAAGGCAUUUGUGGAGGCACUCGGAGACGCCGCAGUCCGUGGCGAUAUGUCAGAAAACCCACCUACACCCGAUUUUACCCAGGCUCUUAUUGAGGCUCUAGCAGAUUUCGAACCUGAGUUGGUAGAACGAGUGGUCGCGUCACUUCCUCUGACAGCUAUUGACCCACACCGUGCCAGUCUUUUUACUAGGGAAAGAAAACUUUGGCGAGGAGUCGGCGCUAUUGCGGCAGCUAUAGACGGGUGCAGUGGUGCGAUGCGCGAAUUAGUCCAAUACGUCGAUUUGGAGUGCGCCGUGCGGACGGGUGGUGAAUGCUCUUGCGCUGGAGGUGCUCUUGUCCUGGCUGCAGCUGACGCGUUGGCUGCGCGCUCACCUGCAGCACGACCUUUGCCACCACACGCAAAACCUUCGGCCCGGCACGAUGCACUACACUCUCUGUUACACGACGAGGAGGGUCGACCGUGUCCACUACGAGUGAUGGUCACGCAUGAGACGAGUGCCGCGGUUAGGCUGUUGGAACAGUGUACGCGAGAUCCCCCGUUCGCCGGACCGCUUGGCAAGCAGAACCGAUUGCGGGUCGCGCGCGCACUUUUAUCCUAUACUGACGGUAUCCAGGAAGCCGAUAGGAGGCUUGAAAUCCUAGAAUUCAUCACUACCCAACUAGGAAACGGGUCACUCCCCUUAGAUCAAGAGCUGAUACAAAAAGUGCAGGACGUCGUUGAGACUACGCCAGGUGAGCGCUCCGACCGCGCUUGGCUCGCUGUGCUUUUGCGCAUUCGCAUGCAGAGAGAUCAAUUACUUCCACUCUACCGCGACCAUAUAUCCACACCGAGAGUCCUUUGGCGCGUAGACGCCUUACUCGAUAACCAUGAUUUGGCUUUAAAAGAGUUUUUUGAAAUCGACAAUCCUUCUGAACAAGAUAUCAAUGAACUCUUCGAGUUUCUACACUCCAACAGGGGGUUAGAUUUCGGAGCUAACAGUGAAUUACACGAGUACCUUCCGGCCCUGAUAAACUUAAGACCAGAAGCCACGGCGAGCUUACUGAACGAUGAGCAGGCGUUGGACACCCUUCCCGCCACCUUACAGCGCCUGAAGGCCGAACCAGCUUUAGAGUUCGGUAAGUGCUUACUUAAUAAAAGCCGUCUCAGAGGUGACGCCGCUACAAUUUAUUUGCAAAGCCUCUGCGAACUGCGGCCCGCUGAGGUUAAAUCGUUCCUAGUCGAUCAUCCUGGCAUCGUCAGACCUGAAGAUGCACUUACAAUAGUAAAAAAAUCCGGUCCGAAAAAUGCAGAACCGAUAUGUCUCGAAGCAACAGGAGAUCAUAUGGGCGCGCUUGAGGCGUCGCUGCGAUUGAUUAAAGCUGCUCCUGAGAACAGUCAAGGCACUCUCGCCUCGGAGGCGAGCGAACUGUGCGCAAGGGUCGCGCCAACUGUACCGCGAAGCGUUGCCGCCGAAAUGUGGACCCGCCUACUUCGCAGCAUAGAAGCGAUCCCACCCCAAAUGCUAUUCGAGGCGAUCGCGUAUUUACCACUAGAGGAGUUGCUGCUUAAAACGUGCAAUUCCGCGCAGGUGCAGAGGGUGCUCGCGGACGGAGCGAGCGGCGAGGCCAUGUGGCGCUGCGCGAAGAGGAUAGCGGGCCGUGAAACGCACGAGGCUCUAAGGAGAGCCCUGUUUGUAGCGCGGCGCGGGAUUGCGGUGCGCGGUCGAUGCGUCCGCUGCGGGACAGCGCUCGAUCUCCGCGUGGGCGUACGCACGGCGCACUGUGCGCGCGCGUAUCACGCAGACUGUGAAGCGUACCCCUUCUGUGAAUGCGGCACGCGCUUGCCCACCGAAGUAAUUCAUCUACCACCGCUCCACCCGCAUCGUAUUUCUGUUUCGCAGGAUUUCAACCUGCUAGUGGUCGCGCCUCCCCGCCCGGAUUUAGAAGGUAUCGUUUAG